GUGACAACACUAGCCAAUCACGUAUCCCUCAUUAAGUCAAUACGGGACCUCCAGGUCAUCGUCGUUCUCCAUGUCGACUUCAAAAUCAAAAUCAAAAGUUCAACCACUGAGCGAUCAGGAAAUACAGCAGACUUACUCUCGUCUGCAGAAUGAGCUUCAAAGCCUUGCUGGGAAGAUAGGCGAGUUGGAGCAAGAGGCGGAAGAACAUGGACUUGUCCUUUCCACUUUGAAUGAAGCACUUCAAGUAGAACCUGGUCGGAAGUGUUUCCGCUUGAUCGGUGGUGUCUUAGUUGAGCGCACAGUCAGGGAUGUAGUUCCUGCUCUGCAAACAAAUCGCGAAGGCAUCAAAAAAGUUAUUGCCAACCUUGCUGAGCAAUAUACCUCGAAGGAACGCGAUUUUGAGACUUUCAAACGCGAUUAUAGCGCUCGCCCAAUUAGCAGGGCAUAAUGUUGUGCCGUCGUUGAUAGCAAUGAUAUGAUACGUCAGGUGUUUGGAUCAUACCCUGCAAAGUUGAAGAUCCAGCAUAUUGUUCAAGCCGCCGCUUUGCACUAAGUUCUAAUGGUUGACGUAGAAUUUUUGUCGUGUUGUGGCCCACGACGCGUCUUGCAAACACAC